AUGAGAUUAUCAGCGACAAUAGUCGCAUUGGCCAUUGAGAGCGUCAUGGCAGCGCCACUGGAGCCUGCACAGCUCGUGGCUCGAGCGGAUGCGCAUCCGCUAUGUCGAGGCGUGCUGCUGUAUUCUCAGGCGCAGUGCUGCGACCUCAACGCAUUCAGUCUCGCUGGUAUUGGCUGCGUGGCCAUGAAGGGCAACGUCUCGACAACGUUCGAGUUUCAAGGCUACUGCGCCAAGGAGGGCAAGGGAGCGUCUUGCUGCACAAUUCCUCUAGCGGGAGUCGAUCUUCUUUGUUCCGAGGUCUGA